AUGCCGAACAUUCGGCAGCCGAGCUCGUGCAUUUUGAGCAAGCUCGAACAAACGUUUGUCGACGUCCCAUCUGCGGAAGGGGCAAGAGAAUCGCUGCAGCACAUCACGUCCAAGCCUCACGUCGCAGGCACUCCCGGAGACCUUGAGAUGGCGCAAUACGUCCACGAUCGCUUCUCCUCGUUCGGUAUCCCUAGUGUCGAAGUGCAGCCGGUCAACGCACUGCUGUCCAACCCCAUCCAAAGCUCCCUGGAGCUCGUGGACUCGAACAGUGGGUCGGUGCUGUUCACGGCUUCUCUGUCGGAGGACACGCUCGACCUGGACACGACCUCGGACACGUGGCUCCGCAAUCAUACCUACAAUGGCUACUCCCCCUCCGGAGACGUAACAGCCCCUCUAGUGUACGCCAACUACGGCCGACCGGAAGACUUUCGAGAGCUGGAGGGAAUGGGCGUGUCGGUGGACGGCGCUAUUGUCAUCGUCAGAUACGGCCACUGCUUCCGAGGCCUCAAGGCGAUGAACGCCCAGGCGCGAGGCGCGGUGGGCACGAUAAUCUACAGCGACCCCCAGCAGGACGGCUUCAAGCGGGGCCCCACCUACCCCGACGGCGGCUGGCGGCCUUCCUCCUCGGUGCAGCGGGGUUCCUGCCAGUUCAACUCGCUCUGCGCGGGAGAUCCCUCCAGGGCGGCUAACCCCCGGUCGGUGGAAAAGGUCUGCGGUUUCUCGAAGGAGGAGCUGGUUCCCGCCAUUCCGGUGAUGCCGAUAUCGCAAUCCUCUAAAAGCCACUCUUCCUCCUCUCACCAGUACGGGGACGCAGAACCUCUCCUACGCGCCCUGGGCGGCGAAGCCGCCCCUGACCGCUUCCAGGGGGGCUUAGAUUUUUCUUACACCGUGGGACCCAGCAGCGGCACGAUGGUCAAGAUGGUCGUCGAGAACGAGGAGCACGUGGGCCCCGUGUGGAACGUUAUCGGAACGGUUCCGGGAGCGUUGCCGGAGGGGCUGGACCGGCCGGUCGUCCUGGGAAACCACAGGGAUGCCUGGGUGUUCGGGGCCGUGGAUCCCAACUCGGGAACCGCUUCCCUGAUCGAGCUGGCGCGGGGGCUGGGCGCGCUGUUGGCGGAAGGGUGGAAGCCCAUGCGCACGAUCAUCCUGUGCAGCUGGAGUGGCGAAGAGCUGGGGAUGCUAGGGAGCACGGCGUGGGGAGAGGAGCACGCGGAGGGCAUCCUAGCAAACGCCGCCGCCUACCUGAACGUCGACUCGGCCGUGAGCGGACACAUCCUGAGGGUCAAGGCCACGCCAUCUCUUGGAGGUCUUGUUAAGGGCGUCCUAACCGACGUCCAAGACCCAGACUCCGGAGGGAGCCUUCUGGACGCGUGGUCGGGAGACUUGCAGAUGCUGGGCUCGGGGUCUGACUACGCCGUGUUUCUGGCUCACCUGGGCAUCGCUACCGUGGACUUCGAGUUCCAGCAGGACGAAGCGGCGGAAUACGGAGUCUACCAUUCCAUCUACGACAGCUUCAGCUGGGUGGACAACUACGGCGACCCGGGUUUCCGCUACUUCCAGGCGGCGUCGCGCGUGUGGGGGCUGCUGGCCCUCCGCCUGGCCACCUCCGACGUCCUCCCUUUCGACCCGCCCCUCCAAGCGGCCGCCCUCCAAGACUACGUCAACGCCCUGUCUCCCAGAGCCAGCAGCAGUAGCAGCGGCAGUAGCGACGAAGAUGCUGGGAACGUCGGGGGCUCCCUUGUCCUUUCGGAGACGGACCUGGUCCCGCUAAAGGACGCGGUGGAGGCCUUCCGUGCGGCCGCGGACAAGGGGGCCGGGAGCGACGGCGGCGGGGGCGGUGUCGGAGUGGAUUCGGCGGCGGAGGCGGCGGAUUGGCUGGAGGUGGCGGACCUGAACGAGCGGUUGGCGAUGACGGAGAGGAGGUUUUUGGUCGACGAGGGUCUGCCCGGGAGGCAGUGGUUCCGGCACGUGUUGCAGGCCCCGGGGCUUUACUUGGGCUACGCUGCUGAGUCUUUCCCGGGCAUCACCCAGGCCCUCAGCGAUGGCGACCUAGAGCUCGCGCAAGAACAAGUGCAUGUUGCCGCGGCUCGCAUCGAGGACGCAGCAACAUUUCUCACGGGAGACGAAGGGAGAAGAUGAUACAUCGGUCGCGACAACGUAACAACGGCAGGUCUUGGGUCUUGGGGGAGGGGAGGAGAAGAACAGUAGAGGUCCCUGUUUAGUGCCGGUAUGUGUCCAUGAAAGUUCACCGGACCCACGGGACACGGGCACUGUUCAAAGUACAUAAUACGCUCGGUAACUCAGGGUGUGCCCGCCGAAAACACCGGCGCUAUACCGGCCACCAACCGGCACUAUUGAGCCGGCACUAAAACCUCUACUGCACUUGAACGGGAGGCGGUAAUAGGGGGGCAGAGGAAGGAAGACUUUGUGGUGGUGAUGCGGUAGGAUGACGGCAGUUGCGUGGCUAGAAACCGU